UGCAAAUCGAAAACAUAAGCCAAUGGAGUCAUCGCAUGCCGUCGGGGGGAACGGAAUAAUAAACCCUAAAUCACCGGCCAACGGUGGGGAUGAGUCAAAACAAAAUCUGAAUCAAGUCAUUAAUUCAAUCGACAAAACCCUAGGAAUUCUCCACCAGCUCUAUCUUACCGUCUCUUCUUACAACGUUUCCUCUCAACUUCCCCUUCUUCAACGCAUGAAUAAUCUUGUGCUUGAGCUUGAUAAUAUGGCGAAAUUGGGAGAAAAAUGCAAUAUUCAAGUGCCUAUGGAGGUUCUCAACUUGAUUGAUGAUGGGAAGAAUCCAGAUGAAUUUACAAGGGAUGUGUUGAAUAGUUGCAUUGCCAAGAACCAAAUCACUAAAGGGAAAACUGAUGCAUUUAAGGGUUUGCGAGGGAAUCUCUUGGAGGAGCUUGAACAGGCUUUCCCUGAGGAAGUGGAAGCUUACAGAGAGAUUCGUGCAGCUUCUGCAGCUGAAGCAAAACGCUUGGCUCAAGCUCAAAGUCUAUUGCCAAACGGAGAUGUAAAGGUGAAGCCUGAAAUAUAACAAGCUAAAUGAUGAAGUUCGUACUUUACUCCUCAGGAUACUUUAGGCUUUAGCAUAUUUCCUUAAUGGGCUUCAACGUCCAUGCUUGUUCAAGUAGCCUUUUAAUUUUCAAGAAUGUAAAAUGUAUGUAAUUGAUUUAUGUAUCAUGGAUAAAUUUCAUAAUUAUGAUGUGUAAUCAACCA